UUUUGCUGUUCAUGCACGGGAAAGCAGCGUGCAGGUGCCGGAUUGUAAUGAAUGGUAAAAUUGUAAUGGUCAACGCAAUACGCCUGAUCGAAGCCACUUAAGGAUAUUACUGACGAGACGUAGAAGACGCUUUUAGCUGUCAGCUAGCUAUGCCAGACAAGCUGCAGCUUGAAGAUGAACUCUACACGUUGGAGCUGCUGGUCGGAAUAAUGAGAACACCUUCACCGGGAAUCCGCAUCAUCCAAAGUUGACCAGAUGACCAUUGCACUUCGCGUUGCCGAUGUUAUCGGCUUCUGGAACUCGAGCAGUCCGUAUUUCCCAACAUCGAAGAACGCCUACGUGGUAUUCAUGCUUGAUCAGGGCUGGCCGGUUUGCCGCCAACUCGAUGAAAAGGUUCGUUCGUUCGGCUGCAGUCCGAGAGGAGACGAUAAUGACCUUCCACGGAGGAGCUCGCCGACGGAGUAGGAGGGCCUUUGACACACUUGACGCUCAGGUGAAUUGUAACCGAGAGCGGAGAGGCCUCGUGGUUAGUGCGGACGGAGAGAUCGAACGGAGCGCGUCUCCGGAGGCGAGAGAGAGGGUGCGAGAUCGGCAGGAAGAGGGAAGAAGAGGUGAAAAAGGAGAGAGAGGAGAAGAAGAGUGACCAGACAGGUCGGGAGACCUGACCAAGACGUGGACCUGAUAUACGCGGACGACGGUCACGCCGGUCACCCUGACGGACUCCGGCGUCUGCGAUGCAACGUGAUCGUAACCGCGUAGGAGCCUGCCGAUCUUGCGCCGCGCCGAAACGACGACGGGGAGGGAACCUUCUCGACGAAGAGGAGGAGAAGGACCACCAGAGGCCCGCAGAGCGGUGGGAGAAGACCGUGGAGUUUUCGGUGGAGGAGGAGGAGGGGUAGGAUCUCGAGGCUGGAUCCCGUGGUCCCCGGUGCGACCUCUCAUAAGUAAGAAGAACGUGUGAUGAGCACUGGUAGAUACCAAAGAACCCCGGGGUGCACGUGGAUGACGCGCGCGAUGACGUUGACCCCGUUCGCGAAAAUCAAAAGUGCGCGCUGCUUCCAGUUGCUAGAUGAGCAAUAGUCUCCCUCUCUCUCUCUCUCUCUCUCUCUCUCUCUUUCCUUCUUUCUAUCUCUCUCUCUCUUUUUGUGUGUGUGGUUACCGCCGCGGUGGUGUACAUUCAGAGCGUGCAGUGCUUCCGGGACGUUACCUCACACCUCUGGUCACGCGUAAAGGCGAACGGAAGAGUCGCGUACGUGUGUGGUCACGUGUAACACGCGUAAUCGUAAGUGCAAAGGAAUUAAGUACAGGAUCGAAUCCAAGGGUAGAGAGACACGAUAAGGUUUGUGACGUAGGAACGUGGUCUCGAGCGAGCGGUGCGCCGUCGAAGAUGCAUUGGGGGACGACGUUGUUCCUGCUGUGUCUCUCGAUAACGUUAUCGCGCGCGACGCUCUUCAGCGUCGAGAGACUCCGCCGGUACGCGAGGAUCCUGAGCCUGGACUCGCUGGCGAUCAACGAGACCGGGAACGAGCUCUGGCACGGGCUCUUCAAGGACUGCGACAAGAGGGUGACCUUCUCCUGCAUACAGAAGAACGCGUACACGUACCUCGACAACGCGUUCAUCGAGAGGGACAACAUCACCGUCUUCGACGGGCUCGUACUCACGAGGAACAACGUGACCUACGACGCGUGCCCGAAACUGGAGAACCGGCACGACAUUCGCGAGAACCUCGUGGAUGACGUCGAUGUAACGGACAACUGCAACGGGAAAGCGAAGGAGACGGAGGAGGCGGAAGGUCGAAAGUUCCGAGACGAACCGGACUCGCCGCUGGAGGAAAUCACGGACGCCCUGAGAGAGAAAACCGUGAAGUUCCUGUCCACGCGGAAUUACGAGAUCCAGCUGCCGCAGUUCUUCUUUGAGGGUGCCACUGUGAAGGUCAGCCCGCGCGAGAUAGACGAGAACGGUGCCCUGUUAAGGGUGGAUUUCGGGGCUCCCGUUGUACAGCAGCAGGGACGUAUUUUUAAGAAAAUCAAAAGGUUCAUACAGACCAGAUUGCUAACCGCCCUCCUGGCGCUUCUCCUCAUCAUCAAGCUGAUCAAGGUGAAGUUCCUAUUCGUGAUUCCGUUCCUAUUCGGCGUCGGCGCCGCGAAGAAGCUCUUCCUCAAGCUGCUGCUGUUCUUCAUCCCCGCGUUCGCGCACAUCUUCAAGCUCUGCUCGAGUUACUACACGUCCCACGCCACCAAGUUCCAUCAUCAUCACCACCAAAUCGCGCACCAUCAUCAUCACGUGCCGGUGCCGGUGGCGAUCCCAUACAACCAUCAUCACCAUCACCACGAUCACGAUGAUUACGAUGGUUACGAGUACUCGCAUCCCCACAUCCAGUACCGAAAGGACAUGGAGGAGCUGAAGGAAUGGGGCAUCGAGGCCUACGAGGGGCCCUACAAUGAUCCGGGCCAGCACUUGAACCACGUGGUCCCGGCUCCCGCGUCGGCGAGCGCUUCCGGGCCCGGAUACUCUGGAUCCUACGGGCUUCCGCAAUACGCGGCGAAUGCCAAGCCGCUCGCGUCGUCCUACCUGGACAACACGGUCUCUGCGAGCGCGCACAACCUGGCCUACUCCGGCUACUUGAACGACAAGUACAACCGGCGACCAGCGGUCGCCGGCGCGAAGCCAUCGGCGAGCAACCCGUACGCGGUGUUCGCGCCGAAUCUGCGCCCGGCUCACCAUCAUCAUUAUCAGCGAGUGGUGGCGCCGGCCAAGAGCGUGUCUAUCUCUCGUCAGGAUGAUGCUGACGACGAGUACUACGGGCCGAUUGUCUCCCGGCUGGAGGACAUCUUCGGGCAGCUGAGGUUCCACGAGGAGACCUGCCGGGAGAUGCUGAUCUGCAGCAUGUACAAGAAUCCGGCGAACUACUCGCCGCACAGUAACAUCGUGUCGCACGAGCUCUCCAGAGAUCCACAGGAGCUCAAGCGUGGUGGGACGGAGAGUGCGUCCAGCCAAAAGUUCUACAGGUAUCUGAGCGCGGCGAGGCACGGCCAGGACGGCGGAGACUGCCUGAGAACGUAUCCUUGUCGCAGCAACGCCGAGUAAACGCCGAGUGAACGUCGAGUAAACGCUGGUGCAACGAGCUUUACGCACGUCGGCUCGCAUGUAUUCCGCGUUUGUCUGAUCGCAUGCGACAGAUGUUGCUUGGAGCAGGUGCCGCUAAUCAUAUACAUUUGCUCAUCGAGCUCGAGAAAUUAUAUCAGAAAUCAACGAUGUAACGUUGCGUAAUAAUCGAUAUCGGUGCAACGAGGAGUCCGACGGUACUGCCAUGCAUUAUGAUUUACGGAUUUUAAUUUACGGAUACGCGUGCGAGAACUCGUACUUGAGGAUUUCUUCUCUCUUUUCUUUUUUCUUCUUUUUGUCCUAUAGCAGAAAUUAAAUCGGAAUGCGCGAAUCCUUGUCGCCAGUUUGUCGCCGGUGUACUAAUUAGCUUAGUUGUAAGAAGCUGGGAUCGGCACGGUGAAUGUAAUUUUGUCGUGAUUUACGAUAGAGAGCUUCUCGAAUUUAGCGACCGGCUUUAGAGAGUAGACAGAUCGAUGGAUUUUGUGCGAUGAUGCGUCAAAGUUUGCGUAAUCUAUUGACACAUUGUCAACAAAAUCGCUGAUUUGAAUUGGAUUACGUGGCAUUUUAUGGGAUAAGUUGUUGGACUAAUUUUACCUGCAAUGCAGGCUAUUUAAAAAAUAGCAAGAGAAAUUUUAUUCAUUUAGAAAGUCGCUUCAUAUUAUGCGAAUGUUUCAUAAACGAGAAAAAAAAUUUAAUAGUACAUGUAACGUAAUGCGAUGUGAACAAUCUUUCUACAACCCGUAAAAUUAACUAGCUCCGCGAUAAUUGGAUAUGCAACAAGAAAUUAAAAAGGUUUAAAUUAUUGUAUAAUAAGAUAGAUGCUUACAUUAUGUGAUGCUAUGUAAAAAUUAGUUAAGUAGCGUCCGGUGCAUAAAUGUAAGGCCUAUUUAUUUUGUUAAAUAUAAUUAAUCACUGUUACUGUCACACACAUAUCCGGAUGCCAUACGCAAUAAAAAUGUUAUCCAUUAUUUAAUAUUAUAUAUCUUGAGUUUUCCACAAACUUACGCAACAUCGAAAUGUAAAAAAUUAAUAUUUUAAUAGUUGUAUAAUUCGAUCAUGUAUAUUACUUUAUGUGCAAUAAAAAAUUAAAU